UCAUUCAUUAUAUUGAUGUCUUUAGAUCAAAACAGCGAGAAGAUGAGUGAUCCAGAACCCUGCGGAAUUAAAGAGGAAGAGACUGAAGAACUAAUAGAUGUGAUGGUGAAGGAGGAGAGUGAAGAACUGAGUGAAGAUGAGGAGGAGCAUCAUGUCAAAAGUGAAACUGAAACUCACUCAAAUACGGAACAUGAAAAGAACACGAAAAGUACAGAUGUAGUAAGUUUCACCUGUAUUCAGUGUGGAAAGAGUUUCACUCAGAAAUCCGAUCUCAGGCGUCACAUGAUGAUCCACACUGGAGAGAAACCUUACAAGUGUUCACACUGCGACAUGAGAUUCAGUCAUUCUGGAAACCUGACAAAGCACGAGAGGACUCACACUGGAGAGAAACCGUAUCACUGCACUGCUUGUGGGAAGAAUUUCUCACAGUCAUCCUCUCUACGAACACACAGAAAAACCAUUCACAAAGGGAUGGUGGAGGAGCGUGAAGAUGUGGAGAAACGUCGUGUCAGAAAUAAAAAGAAAACUCCCUCAAAGACGGAAAGCAGUGUUGUGAUGAAAAGAACCCCGGAAAGUUUCAUCUGCGGUAAGUGUGGAAUGAGCUUUGUGCGCAGAUAUCAUCUCACGCUUCACAUGAAGAUCCACUUUGAAGAGAAACCCUGCAAGUGUUCAUACUGCGACAAGAGGUUCAGGGAUUUGAAAUACCUAUUGAGACACGAGAGCCUUCACACCGGAGGGAACCUGUUCCACUGCAAUGUUUGUGGGAAGGGUUUCACACUAUCAUCAUCUCUACGAAGACACAAGAAAACCAUUCACAACCUGGAUGUGAAGGACGAGAAGGUCCCUCGGAGAGUUCAUAAAAAGGAGAAAAGUUAUUUAUGCUCUUGGUGUGGAAAGAGUCUUACACAGCAGUCGAGUCUAAAAAUACAUGAGAGGACUCACACCGGAGAGAAACCUUAUCCGUGCACUUUGUGUGAGAAGAGUUUCAUAUGUGCUUCACAUCUGAGGCAUCACACGAUGGUCCACACUGGAGAGAAACCACACAAGUGUGAUCAGUGCAGCAAAACGUUUGUUAGUGCUUCAGAGCUGAAGGACCAUCUCAGAGUUCAUAGCAAGGAGAAGCCUUUCUCUUGUUAUUUGUGUGAAAAGAGUUUCAACCAUCGGUCAAAUUUAAGAUACCAUCUAAAGAUCCACUUUGGUGUGAAAAAGCAUGCGUGCCUUGAGUGUGGGAAGACUUUUGUUAGAGCUGGAGAAUUGAAGCAGCACCAGACGACUCACACUGGAGAGAAAUCGUUCACAUGUCCUCAGUGUGGGAAGGGUUUUACACAAUUAUCCAAUAUUAAAAAGCACAUGAGGAUCCACUCUGGAGAGAGACCACACACGUGUGAUCAGUGCAGCAAAGCAUUUCUCACUGCCUCAGAGCUGAGGAUCCAUCUUAGAGUUCAUAAAAAGGAGAAGAUGUAGUCAUGUUGUCUGUUUGGAAAGGUUUCGGAAAAGGUUUCCACAGGUCAUGUUAUGGUUAGUCUAAUCCACGGUUGGGCAAACUCGGUCGUGGAGGGCCGGUGUCCUGCACAGUUUAGCUCCAACUCUAAUCAAACACACCUGCUUUAUAGAUUUCUAGAGAUCUCAAAGACACUGAUAAGCAUGUUCAGGUGUGUUUGAUUAGUGCUGGAGCUAAACUACGCUGGACACCGACCCUCCAGGACCGAGUUUGUCCACCCUUGGUCUAUUCCUUUUUAUUUCUUUCAUAAGUGAAAGUGAAAGUGAUGCUGUUAACUAAGCAAAACAUUAACUGGCAGUCAUCUGUACCUGUUAAACACAGCAAAACCUUUCAGGAUAAUAUAAAUUUAGCACUGUCACCUCACAGCAGGAAGGUCACUGGUUUGAGUCUCUGCUGGGUCAGUUGGCAUUUCAGUGUGGAGUUUGCAUGUUCUCCUCGUGUUGAUGUGUGUUUCCUCCACAGUGCAAACAUUGUAUCAACCAAAUUGGCCGUGGUGUAUGAGUAUGAAUGAGAGUGCAUGGAUGUUUUCCAGUACUGGGUUGCAGCUGGAGAGGAUGUGUAAAACAUAUGCAGGAAUAGUUGGUGGUUCAUUCCGCUGUGGCGACCCCUGAUGAAUAAAGGGACUAAGCCAAAGGAAAAUGAAUGGAUGAAUAAUACUUUACCUUCAAAAUGAUCACAUCAGAGACUAGAUUUUAAAAAGCAGUUUAUAAAACUACCAUCAAGCUACCAGAUAUGGGAGCGGGAGCACUUCACAGCCACAAAAACUGUUAGUUCCUCUGUUUUUAUUCAAAUUUAAAGUAUAUUAUUCACUGUUGUUCUCAUAGUGAUUCUCUCAUAUUUAAGUCAUUCGAAGUAAUAUUGAAGGGAAUUCAAAAUAGCCAUACUAAUAUGCAAAGCACAACAGCGACUUGUUUUUCACUUAUUAAAGUUCAUGGAAAUAUUGCGUAUGUGGUUUAAAGUGGGAACCCCUGUCCUGAAGAUUUUGCAGUUAAACCUUUGUAUGCUAAAGAAUUCCAGUCGUUUGUAAAUAAGUUGUAAGUAGGGCUGUGGCGAGAUGUUAACUGUGUCGAUGUGGUCAAAAUGAUCCUCACUUUUUUUUUUUGCUUGUAGAAAGAUAUAAACAAUAAACGCAAUAAUCAUUUCA